AUGCUCCAGACUGUUCUCCUUGACUGUAGCUGUCACAUCUAUAACCUGCAUCAGAAGAAUGGCUUCACCUGCAUGCUCAUUGGAGAGAUCUUUGAGCUCAUGCAGUUCAUCUUUGUGGUGGCGUUCACCACCUUUCUUAUCAGUUGUGUUGAUUAUGACAUCCUUUUUGCCAACAAAGCAGUAAAUCACAGCCAGCAUCCCAGUGAGCCCAUUAAGGUGACUCUGCCAGAUGCCUUCCUGCCUCCAAAUGUCUGCAGUGCAAGAAUCCAGGCAAACAGCUUCCUCAUCUGCAUCCUGGUGAUAGCUGGGGUUUUCUGGAUCCACCGACUUGUCAAGUUUAUCUACAACAUUUGCUGCUACUGGGAGAUUCACUCUUUCUACAUCAAUGCCCUCAAAAUCCCCAUGUCCACCCUGCCGUACUACACCUGGCAGGAGGUGCAGGCCCGCAUCGUGCAGAUCCAGAAGGAGCACCAGAUCUGCAUCCACAAGAAGGAGCUGACAGAGCUGGAUAUCUACCACCGCAUCCUCCGCUUCAAGAACUACAUGGUGGCCAUGGUAAACAAGUCGCUGCUGCCCAUCCGCUUCCGCCUGCCCCUGCUGGGAGACACCGUCUUCUACACGCGUGGGCUCAAGUACAACUUUGAGCUCAUCUUCUUCUGGGGACCCGGCUCCUUGUUUGAGAACGAGUGGAGCCUGAAGGCCGAGUACAAGCGGGCCGGGAACCGCCUGGAGCUGGCUGAGAAGCUGAGCACUCGCAUCCUCUGGAUUGGCAUAGCUAACUUCCUCCUCUGCCCGCUCAUCCUCAUCUGGCAGAUCCUCUACGCCUUCUUCAGCUACACGGAGAUCCUGAAGCGGGAGCCGGGCAGCCUGGGUGCCCGCUGCUGGUCUCUCUAUGGCCGCUGUUACCUCCGUCACUUCAACGAGCUGGACCACGAACUGCACUCACGCCUCAGCAAGGGGUACAAGCCAGCUUCCAAGUACAUGAACUGCUUUAUCUCCCCGCUCCUCACCAUCGUGGCCAAAAACGUGGCCUUCUUUGCUGGCUCCAUCCUGGCUGUGCUCAUCGCUCUCACCAUCUAUGAUGAGGACGUGCUGGCAGUUGAGCACGUCCUGACCACGGUCACCCUGCUUGGGGUGGGCAUCACAGUGUGCAGGUCUUUCAUCCCUGACCAGCACCUGGUGUUUUGCCCAGAGCAGCUGCUGCGAGUCAUCCUGGCACACAUCCACUACAUGCCUGACCACUGGCAGGGUAAUGCCCACCGCUACGAGACCAGGGACGAGUUUGCUCAGCUCUUCCAGUACAAAGCGGUUUUCAUCCUGGAGGAGCUCCUGAGUCCCAUCAUUACCCCUCUGAUCCUCAUCGUCUGCCUACGACCCAAGUCCUUGGACAUCGUUGACUUCUUCCGCAACUUCACCGUGGAGGUGGUGGGUGUGGGCGACACCUGCUCCUUUGCCCAGAUGGACGUGCGCCAGCAUGGCCACCCAGCGGUAGGUCUUGUGGGUGCAAGAAAGACGGAGGCCUCCAUCCACCAGCAGGCCGAGGAUGGCAAGACGGAGCUGUCCCUCAUGCACUUUGCCAUCACCAACCCCAAGUGGCAGCCACCUCGCGAGAGCACGGCCUUCAUCGGCUUCCUCAAGGAGCGGGUGCACCGGGACAGCAGCGUAGCGCUGGCUCAGCAGGCUGUGCUCCCCGAAAAUGCCCUCUUCAGCUCCAUCCAGUCCCUGCAGUCGGAGUCCGAGCCUCACAGCCUGAUUGCCAAUGUGAUAGCGGGCUCCUCAGCACUGGGCUUCCACAUGGGUCGGGAUGGACAAGCCUCCCGCCAUCUCUCUGAAGUGGCCUCGGCCCUGCGUUCCUUCUCCCCGCUCCAGUCUGCCCAACAGCCUCCCAGCAGCUUCCAGACGGCGGGAAGGGACGGAGAGGGAGCCCAGCCUCGUGGCGCUAGUGCCAUGACAGCCUCUGGUGCUGAUGCAAGGACCGUGAGCUCGGGGAGCAGCGCCUGGGAGGGUCAGCUACAGAGCCUGAUCCUGUCGGAGUACGCCUCCACCGAGAUGAGUCUCCAUGCACUCUACAUGCAUGAGUUGCACAAGCAGCACGCCCAGCUGGAGCCCGAGCGGCACACUUGGCACCGGCGAGAGAGCGAUGAGAGUGGGGAGAGCGCCCAUGAGGAGCUGGACGCUCAGCGAGGUGCCUCCGUCCCCAUCCCUCGCUCUGCCAGCUACCCCUUCUCCUCUCCACGGCAGCCUGCUGAGGAGACGGCCACGCUGCAGACUGGCUUCCAGCGGCGAUACGGUGGCAUCACAGACCCGGGCACAGUACACAGAGCCCCAUCACACUUCUCCCGCCUCCCUCUGGGAGGCUGGGCUGAGGACGGGCAGUCAGCGAGACACCCAGAGCCUGUGCCAGAGGAGAGCUCAGAGGAUGAGCUUCCACCGCAGAUCCACAAGGUGCCACAUCCCCUCUCUGUCUUGCAGGUAUAGCCUUGUAGACUGGGGAUCUCGUGGGGGUUGCAGACUGGGAGCCGCCUGGGCAGCAGGAUGUGGCGUCAGCCUGAUUCUUCUCCCGUCCUGAGUGGACAGGAUAGUCCUGGGCUCCAUUUUGUUGCCACCAAUUGCCGAAGAAACAGAACUGCCAGGCUGGCGGCUUUGCGGUGGCACUUUGUGUCCAGCCGUGUGUGAAGUCAGCGCCACUCUGACUCUUGUGGAGCGAAUGCGUGUGUGAGUACAUACGUGUGUCUGUGUUCACAUCUGUGUCGUCCGUGUCGGAGGAUCGCUGCAGAGCCUGCGAGAGCUGACGUGACAGGACUAGC